UUAGGUGAAAAGUUGAGGAUGUCAUUUUUCUAAGGUAACCCCUACAGGACCUGGACUUUGCUCUCCUUCCACCAUUUUUUGCAAAUUCAAAGGAAUUGUUCCAGAUCCGCACCCGUAACGCAUCAUUCCACCAAGUUCAGCGAUAAUCCAUCCAGUACUUAUCUGGCUCAUAGAAACAAACAACUGACAAGCUGAGCAUUCCCCGACCUCCUGACAGAUUUCACCAUGCGGCCUCUGACAUCCUGGCAGCAGAUGAAGAACUCUGAUUGGUCCAACCUGACCCUUCACCUGGAGGAGUCUCUGAGUCACUACCUUGACAACUGGAGGCAUAACAAGACGGCAGCCGCCAACGCUUUGGACAAGACACUGGCCGAGGAGAACUUCAGGGGUGUCGUCUGGUAUCUGGCCGUGGUGAUCGGCAUGCUUGCCUUCAUUCUUGUGGCCAUGCUGGUGAGCACAGUCAAGUCCAAGAGGAGGGAGCACUCGAAUGACCCGUACCACCAGUACAUCGAGGAGGACUGGAGGGCUCAGAUGAAGCAGGCUGAGGGUGGGGUGAUCAGUAACUUUGGAGUUUGAUUACACACGCAGAUGCUCAACUCACUGCAAAAACCACCAGUAUCACCAAUUAUGUAUCAUAUGGCUGGUCAAAUUUGUAAUCAGAAUAAUAAAGUCUAAUUGAUUCUGUAAAUCUAA